UCUGGCCCGGCGCGGAGCGGGCGCACCACGGGACGCUGGGCCAGGCCACCGGGCUGUGUGGAGAAGGGAGCGCGCUCGCCCGACCGGCCCCGCCACCCCGAGCCGCAGCGCCGAGCUCCCGAGGCCCGCGCCCAGGCCCCCGUCGUCCGCCCGGCGGCGCCGCGUAGCCUCCAGCCUGCUGGGCUCCGCCGCCCUCCGAGCCCCCGCCCUGCCGCCCCUGCUCCCCCGCCCGGCGGCCGGCUCUGUGGUGGACGCAGCCCGAGCAAGACCACUCAAGGUGAAGGAUAAUCUACAAAGUACCAGCACUUUGAAUGAAAAUUUGUUUCUCUGCCACAAACUGAACACUGUGUGUGUGUGUUGGGGGGGAGUUGAAACACAAAUCUCACUUUGUGGCAUAGCAGCUAUGCAGCUUGAAAUCCAAGUAGCACUAAAUUUUAUUAUUUCAUAUUUGUACAAUAAGCUUCCCAGGAGACGUGUCAACAUUUUUGGUGAAGAGCUUGAAAGACUUCUUAAGAAGAAAUAUGAAGGGCACUGGUAUCCUGAAAAGCCAUACAAAGGAUCAGGGUUUAGAUGUAUACACAUAGGGGAGAAAGUGGACCCAGUGAUUGAACAAGCAUCCAAAGAGAGUGGUUUGGACAUUGAUGAUGUUCGUGGCAAUCUGCCACAGGAUCUUAGUGUUUGGAUCGACCCGUUUGAGGUUUCCUACCAAAUUGGUGAAAAGGGACCAGUGAAGGUGCUUUAUGUGGAUGAUAAUAAUGAAAAUGGAUGUGAGUUGGAUAAAGAGAUCAAAAACAGCUUUAACCCAGAGGCCCAGGUUUUUAUGCCCAUAAGUGACCCAGCCUCAUCCGUGUCCAGCUCUCCGUCGCCUCCCUUUGGUCACUCUGCUGCUGUAAGCCCUACCUUCAUGCCCCGGUCCACUCAGCCUUUAACCUUUACCACUGCCACUUUUGCUGCCACCAAGUUCGGCUCUACCAAAAUGAAGAAUAGUGGCCGCAGCAACAAGGUUGCACGUACUUCUCCUAUCAACCUCGGCUUGAAUGUGAAUGACCUCUUGAAGCAGAAAGCCAUCUCUUCCUCAAUGCACUCUCUGUACGGGCUUGGCCUGGGUAGCCAGCAGCAGCCGCAGCAGCAGCAGCAGCCAUCCCAGCCGCCACCACCACCGCCACCACCGCAGCAGCAGCAACAGCAGAAAGCCUCUGCUCUUUCUCCUAAUGCCAAGGAAUUUAUUUUUCCUAAUAUGCAGGGUCAAGGUAGUAGUACCAAUGGAAUGUUCCCAGGUGACAGCCCCCUUAACCUCAGUCCUCUCCAGUACAGUAAUGCCUUUGAUGUGUUUGCGGCCUAUGGAGGCCUCAACGAGAAGUCUUUUGUAGAUGGCUUGAAUUUUAGCUUAAAUAACAUGCAGUAUUCUAACCAGCAAUUCCAGCCUGUUAUGGCUAACUAAAAAAAGAAAAAAAAAAAUGUACAAGUUAAAAUGCACGGGC